GAUCACGCAUUUAUAUAUAUUUUUUUUUUAUCAAAUAAAUAAUACAUAAUUAGCCAUGUAUAUUCGUUGAUGUGUUUGAAUUUAACAAAAAAUUAACGACGCAUGGUAGUAAUAUUUGGAAUCGAAUCACAAAAAUUAUUAUGUUAUUUCACUUUGGCAUACAUUAAAUAAUAAUAUAAAAUGUCAUCCAACGCAAAAAUCAAAAGAUCCACUUUGCCAGGCAUACCUGGAACCAAACCUGCAACUAGCAAUGCACAACUUUUAGUUUCUACAGGUAUUCCAUCACUCGACCAGUUCAUAGGUGGUGGUCUGCCCAUUGGAUCAAUUCUUUUGCUUGAGGAAGAUGCCUACAACACGUAUUCAAAAAUAAUGUUCAAAUAUUUCAUUGCUGAGGGAAUAGUCAAUAAUCAUUCAAUAUUCUUAGCUUCUCAGGACACAAAACCAUCAAAUAUACUAUCCGAUUUACCAGCCCCUGUGAGUACAGAGGUACCUCAGGCAAAAAGUAUUAGUACAGAUAAAAAUGAUGAAAUGAAAAUUGCGUGGCGCUAUCAAAAUAUGAAGGUCUGUGAUUCAUCUUCAAAGGAUGUUUCAGUGUUUGGGCACUAUUACGAUCUUACAAAAACAAUGGAAAGUGCAACUUUGGAUGGUGCAGAUGUUACAAAGUGGGAUGGCGAAAACAUUGAAUUGAAAUCUGUUGUUUUUGAAAAUCAAGUUUACAUGGAUUUACUGUUAAGCAUUGAAAAGACUAUAAAAGAAGGAAACUUUUUUGUUUCCCAAGAAGUGAAAAAAAGAAAUAUUUUACGGAUUUGCAUCAGUUCUUUAGGCUCCAGACUGUGGCUGUGUGAUUCGGAAGAACAAACCAACAAAGAUCUUUUAAAAUUUUUAUACAUGUUUAGAACCCUAUUGAGAGAAUCUUUCACAGUUGCCAUCCUAACAGUCCCUGUUCAUAAUUACAAUGAUCAUUCCACUGGAGUCAUACAGAGAAUAGAGCAUCUGUCAGAUGUAGUGAUUGGCAUAGAAUCCUUUGUUGGCUCGACAAAAGAAACCAAUCCUGUUUUCAAGGACUACCACGGCCUGUUACAUAUAAAGAAACUUCCUGCCUUCAACACACUAGUGUGCCACGAAUUGCUAUUCUCCGAUUUGGCGUUCAAACUGCGUCGAAAAAAGUUCCUCGUCGAGGUCUUGCACUUGCCACCCGAACUUGGAGAUACGACUCAGAGAGAGCAGGACGAGGUUCCAACAGUCGGCUGUGGAAAGUCAUCGAGCGGGCAUAAGUUGGACUUUUGAAUAAAUAACAAUAUUAAAUAACGUGAGUGCAACGCACGUUCUAUCUGCGCAGAGGCGUGCACCACGAAACACGAAACGCAGCGGCGGCGGCGAAAAUUAACGCAGAUACACGCCCCAUUUAUGGACUGACCGAAGAAAGAACCAGAGCAAAAGAGUUGAAUAAAUGCAAAGGCAGGAGAUAGGCUUGUUGAGCAUUUACAAUGCAAUCCGCACCGGAGCGCGAGCCUGUUGUACGCGUGAAAAGUGCACCGCGUGGCUGAACUGAUUUCAGAGAGAGUCUGUCGAUUUUCCACGCUUUUCAUCUCCAGUGCCUAUACAUUUUUACACUCACUCCUGUUUCGACAUCUCUACCUGUUUGGGCCAUGUAUAUUUUUCUACAAAGCUGAUUUUGAAAUAAAUAUCAAAUUGAUGUUGA